GGUGGCCGAUUUGCCGAUGGGGUCGUAUGAGGUCUCCCCGGAGCAGGCGUUGCAGUCGGCGAUCCGCAUCGUCAAGGAAGGGCGGGUGCAGGGGGUCAAGAUCGAAGGUGGGGAGGAGAUGGCGCCGACGAUCCGGCGCAUCACCCAGGCGGGGAUCCCCGUGGUCGGGCACGUCGGGCUCACGCCGCAGCGGCAGCAUUCGCUGGGCGGGUUCCGCGUGCAGGGCAAGUCGACGGCGGGCGCGCUGCGGCUGCUGCGCGACGCGCGGGCGGUGCAGGAGGCCGGCGCGUUCAUGAUGGUCGUCGAGGCGGUGCCCGCGGAGAUCGCCGCCAUCGUCACUCGGAAGCUGCGCGUGCCCACCAUCGGCAUCGGCGCCGGCAAUGGCUGCUCCGGCCAGGUGCUGGUGCAGAUCGACAUGACCGGCAACUUCCCGCCGGGCCGCUUCCUCCCCAAGUUCGUCAAGAAGUACGCCGAUGUCUGGGCCGAGGCCAUCAAGGGCAUCGAGCAGUAUCGCGACGAGGUCAAGAGCCGCGCGUAUCCGUCGGAGGAGUACACCUAUGCCAUCCCGAAGGAGGAGCUGGCCGAGUUCGAGAGGAUCGUCGAAGAGGGUCCGGACAACCAGAAACGUUGAUCAAUGGGAUUCAUUGGCGCGGUUCUAUUCCCUUACAUACCCCGGUGGGAUUCCCUGUCGUUUGUUGAUGCGCGCAAGUCUACUUUUGUAUAGAUACCUUUUUCAUUUCCAUGUUCCCAUCAUCAUCUUCCCAUAGGAAAUUCUGUUCAUAAUAUCGUCAAGAUUAUCGUGCUCCUUCACUCCUUCAACAUCAACCUAGAC